CUGAGUCAGUGUUUGUUAAGAGAACAGAGGAACAUGGCUUCAUCCUUUCUCCUGCUCUUCAUCAGCCUCUACACAGCAGAUGGAUAUCUGUAUUACAACACAGACCGUUGUGACUUUAACUCGUCUGAUCUGAAGGACAUUGAGUUCAUCAGGUCUUUAUAUUUCAACAAGGAGGAGUUAGUCAGGUUCAGCAGCAGUUUGGGGAAGUUUGUUGGAUACACAGAGUUUGGAAUUAAGAACGCAGAACGCUGGAACAAAGAUCCUUCAUAUCUGGCUCAGAUGAACGCUCAGAAGGAGACGUACUGCAAACACAACAUUGAUAAUGCCUACCAGAAUGUUCUGACUAAAUCAGCUGAGCCGUAUGUCAGACUCCACUCUAUGGCGCCCCCCGGGGGUAAACAUCCAGCCAUGUUGGUCUGCAGCGUCUACGACUUCUACCCCAAACAGAUAAGAGUGACCUGGAUCAGAGACGGACAGGAAGUCACCUCUGAUGUCACGUACACUGAUGAGCUGGCAGACGGUGAUUGGUACUACCAGAUCCACUCUCACCUGGAGUACACGCCCAGGUCUGGAGAGAAGAUCUCCUGUAUGGUGGAACACGCCAGCCUGAAAGCACCUCUGAUUACUCACUGGGGUAAAUACCUGUCUGUCUCUCUACGUGUCUGUCUCUCUACCAGUUUGUUUCUCUACCUGUCCGUCUCUCUACCUGUCUGUCUCUCUACCUGGGCUGGCUUCGCUCACGAAAAAAUAGAGGAACAGUCACGAACGAACAUCUACGGCUGUCGCUGCCGGGAGGAACCGACUUACGGUUAG